AUGGGGCCUCAGGGUGGAGUCGAGGGAGGGAGAAGCCAUGGUGGACAAGGCCUUGACAACACCAUAAGGACGAGUGAUGAAGACAGAGCCACUGAAUGUGAAGACUUAGGUGGAGCAGAGCAGAGGUCACGGAGAGGUCAUGGUCAGACACCAGAGGUCCGGAGGGCCAAGGCCGAGCUGAUGGCUCAUGCUACUGAGGGAGUCAGAAGACUGUGGUGGAGACAGAGCAAUAAAGGUCAAAGAGUGUCCAAACAGAAUAAGAGGAUUGUAUAUACAGUUUUAGAGUACUCUCCCCUUCUCGACUCCUGCAAUAUGACUAUAGAUGACUGGGCCACUAUUGGAAAAGACAUUGAGAAACACUAUGAGCAAUAUGAUGGAUUUGUCAUCCUGCACGGCACAGACACAAUGGCUUACUCCGCCUCUGCCCUAUCCUUCAUGUGUGAGAACCUGGGAAAGCCCGUCAUCCUCACCGGCUCACAGUUGCCCAUCUUUGAGCUGAGAAGUGAUGGGAGGGAAAACCUCUUGGGAGCACUGUUGAUAGCAGGACAGUUUGUCAUCCCUGAGGUUUGCCUCUAUUUUCAUCACAAGCUGUACCGAGGAAAUCGUGUCACCAAAGUGGACGCUGAAAGUUUUAAUGCAUUUUCCUCACCAAAUCUGCCACCAUUAGCCAACGCUGAAGUUGACAUCAAAAUUAACUGGGACGCUGUGUGGCAAGCCAAUACUACUGCUAAAUUUACUGUCAGCACACAGAUGAACCCUAAUGUAGGUCUCCUGCGACUCUUCCCAGGAAUCACUACUAAUACGGUUAGGGCCUUCUUGCAGCCUCCUAUGGACGGGAUUGUAUUGGAGACAUACGGCAGUGGUAAUGCCCCUGACAACCGCGCUGACCUGCUGGAAGAGAUCCAUAAAGCGACUGAGAGAGGACUCAUCAUAAUCAACUGCACUCAGUGCCUCAGGGGCUCUGUCACAACCUCAUAUGCGACUGGCCAGGCUCUGAGUAAGGCUGGAGUGGUUGCAGGAUUUGAUAUGACCCCGGAAGCUGCUCUUUCAAAACUCUCCUAUGUGCUGGCAAAACAAGACCUUAGUACAGAAGAGAAGAUAAAGAUGCUGAGUCGCAAUCUGCGUGGUGAAAUAAUGGUAAAACCAGAAGAAGCAAAGCUGUCUCUCAGCGACAGUCACUUUAUUCAGACCAUAGCCAAGCCCUUCAACAUUUGCUUUAAAAAGGAGCUUGAAGAUGCAAUAACGCCCAUUUUGGCCUGUGCUGCUGCUAAGAUCGGAGACAUUGAGGCUUUAGAGGCCUUAAGGGAAAUGGGCACUGACUUGAGCAUUGCAGAUUAUGAUGACCGUACUCCCCUUCACAUCGCCGCAUGUGAAGGGCAUCUGAAUGUGAUGAAGUAUCUGCUGGAUAAAGGGGCUGCCAUCCAUGCCAAGGAUCGCUUUGGUGAUACACCUCUUUGCAAUGCUGUUCGUUUGAGGAAAAACGAUGUUGUGAAACUACUGAUGAAUUGUGGGGCUCACUUUUCCCUGGAUGAAAUGGAGGGUGCUGGAAUAGAGUUGUGCAGUCUUGCAGCGAGUGGUGACUUGGAAGGAUUGAAGAUUUGGCAAUUAGCUGGGGUUAAUCUAAACAAGGCCAGUUAUGAUGGAAAAACGCCCCUUUACGUGGCAAGAGCCGCAAGACAUGAAGAGGUUGUUGAGUUCUUAAAGCAGGAUGCUCCGUUCCAAACUCGGAAUGGCAAAUAUAUCAAGUACUACUUCGUUACUUCAUGCUAUUAUUUUCUUUGGACAAUGAUCCUCUUGAAACAUAAAUAAUUCAAGCUACUGUAUACUUUUUAAGGUUGUCCCUCUAAGCAGUCAACAAUAAGAUAUGAAUGUACUGUGAUGUUGACGCAUACUAUUUAUGUACAAGCAUGUUAUUCAGACUAUAUUAAAGUAGAGGAUGUUAUAUCUGCUAAUGUCAGAUAAUAUGUUAUAAUUACAAUAUGAUGUAUUUGUUUCAGGACUACUAGCUGUUGUUCCUUCAAUCCAGUGUUCUUCAUGUGUACACAUACUGAAUCUGCUGUA